UGGGACAUGUCUCAUAUGCUCUAUGGAUUAUAAGGAGGGUGUGUUUUAACCAUGGCAUACCCAGGAAUAGGGUUUGAGCUGAUGCAGCCACGGGAAAUUGAGGGCCACGGAAGACUGCCACCUAUUGGGUUUGAAAAGAUCCCCGUUGGCUCCCAGCCUCCUCAUCCUGACGCGACUGAUGGCUUGGCCCCACCACAGCCUGGAUUCUACCCAGAUCUAAAUGAAGCUACUGGGAAUGGAUCAUCUCCAGAGAAAACUGGAUAUGACAACACUUGUUAUGACCAAAGUGAUGACGAGCCUACUCCUAAGGUUGAUCCAAGCAAUGUCAAGGUGGACAUAUGCGAGGACGCAAGUCAACCCCUUCAGGACGAAACUAACUCCAGGUCAAAGCAGAAUCUAAAGACGACCAUGUUCUUUAACGAUGGUAUCCGCCGAAUCGAUUACAUCCUGGCGUACACCGAGGGUGACGUCGGUAUCAACGUCGACGAGAAACGACUGAAUAAGUUGAGUAAGAAGGAUGAAAGUAAGAGAGAGUGUCGGAAGACCUAUCUCAACAACCUUAUAGAAGAUGGUAUGGAGCUGGAAGUAGAGGACAAAAAGGAAUCACAAGAUGGGAAGACAUUCUUCGUCAAAGUUCACGCUCCGUGGGAGAUCUUGACACGCUUUGCCGAGCUCAUGAACAUGAAGAUGCCCAUGAAGAUUGAUGGAGAAGCUGUUGAGAAUGAUAUCGAUAUCAAAGCCAACGCCUGCUGUGAUAAGAUGCCUCACUGCUUUCAAGUCGAUACUGACCUGGUCCCGCCCGAGAAAGAGUAUUUCACCACUCCCUUCAAGCGAAACAGGGUGGAAUUGUUCAUCAUUGAAGACAAGGAUACGUUCUUCUCGAACGCGGAGCGGAGUCGACUUGUACAUGAGGUGUUGAAUCGAACCCGAUUUGGAGAAAGCAGAAUUGAUAUAGGCUUGAGGAAGUUGAUCAAUCACGGAGUGUUCACAGCUGUCUUCCCGCUUCAUGAGGGCAGCUACCGGAGUGAGCAUUCCAUCAAGACACAUGGGGCUGAUAACGAUCGACAUUUGCUCUAUGAAACCUGGGCCAGGCCGGCGUGCUGGUACAAAUUUCAACCACUUGAUCUCAUCAGGAGAUAUUUUGGUGAGAAGAUUGGCAUCUACUUCACAUGGCUUGGAUUCUACACAACCAUGUUGAUUCCCGCGUCGCUGGUCGGAUUCAUUGUCUUCAUCUAUGGCUGUGCAACCGUCCUGUCAAACACCCCAACCAAUGAGAUCUGUUAUGACGAGGCCGUCAGCAAUAUCACCAUGUGUCCCAUCUGUGACUUGAGAUGCUCCUACUGGAGGCUGAAGGAGAGUUGUUUAUACUCACAGUUAACGUAUCUCUUUGAUAACGGUGCCACUGUCUUCUUCGCUAUCUUCAUGUCUCUCUGGGCCACUCUCUUUCUGGAGUUCUGGAAAAGAACUGAGAAGGAAAUCCAGUAUGAAUGGGAUGUGGCCAACUUUGAGGAUGUGGAGGAAAACCUGCGGCCAGAGUACGAGGUCAGAGUGACACACAAGAAGGUGAACCCAGCGACACAGCAGUUGGAACCACAUCUUCCACUUUACAACAGUGGAUCGCGCAUCUGUGCAUCGUUUGCUGUCAUUCUCUUCAUGAUCUGUUUGGUCCUAGCUGCCGUGUUUGCUGUCAUAGUCUACCGUGUUUUCAUUGUGGCGCUGCUGUACUUGGGAAGUGAGACGCUGCGGCCGUACGCCAGGAUCACUACCACGGUGACUGGGGCUUGUCUCUCGCUCAUUGUCAUCACGGCGUUUAACAAGUUGUAUACAGUCAUCGCAAUAGCACUUACCCACUUUGAGUGUCCAAGGACCGAGACCGAGUUUGAAGAUCACUUGACCUUCAAGAUGUUCCUGUUCCAGUUCGUCAACUACUACUCGACCAUCUUCUAUAUUGCGUUCUUCAAGGGCAGAUUCACUGGCACUCCUGGCAAAUAUGAUUACAGUGUGACAGGGUAUCGCGGCGAGGAGUGUGACCCCGCCGGCUGCAUGAUCGGACUCUGUAUCCAGCUUCUCAUUGUCAUGGUUGGGAAGCAAGCACUCAACAAUGCCAAGGAACUCAUCCUUCCGAUUGUCUUCAACAAGAUCCGUGCAAAGAAGUCAAAGAAGGUGGAGUUACAAGAUGACAAUGUCUACACGAGAUGGGAGAGAGACUUUGACUUGGCAUCCAUGCCUGACCUCGGCCUGUUCGAGGAAUAUCUCGAAAUGGUUGUUCAGUUUGGGUUCAUCACAAUCUUUGUGGCUGCCUUCCCUCUCGCGCCAUUGUUUGCCCUCAUCAAUAACAUCAUAGAGAUCCGUCUAGAUGCCUACAAGUUUGUGACCCAGUGGAGGAGGCCGUUAGCUGCCCGCGGCCAGGAUAUUGGAGUUUGGGCUGAUAUCAUGACAUCAAUAUCGUACCUGGCUGUUCUCUCAAAUGCUUUCAUCAUUGCAUAUACAUCUGACUUUGUUCCUCGGACCAUCUACCGAUUCACAGGCGGUCAGAACUUUACAUUGCAUGGCUACGUCGAGUAUUCACUGUCAUUGUUUGAUGUGCGAGACUUCCAGUCGGAGAGUCGCCUCAAUCAGUCAGUUCAUGACGUCGGCUUUGGAAAUGUAACUUAUUGCAGAUACCGUGGCUAUCUGGCGCCGCCUGACGACAACAAGCCAUACUCCUUUACCAUGACCUACUGGCACAUUUUCGCUGCUAGACUAGCAUUUGUCAUUGUUUUUGAGCAUUUUGUGUUUGCUCUGAAAGCGUUCAUCGACUGGAUGGUCCCGGAUACGUCAUACAUGGUCAAGCAGCAGAUCUUACGUGAGCAGUAUCUAACGCGGCAAGCACUCACCACCACGGAAGCGAUGAGGGCAAAGCAAGCACGGCAGAGGAAAGAUGCCGCGAGUUCGGCAGCGACCAGUGUUGAAUCGAUUACAGCCCUGUGAUCUUUGAUCAUACAAAUACAAUUGGUUAGGCUUCUUUCCCUUAUAAAGGGGUGUAGCAGAGAAAUCCUGGCGGAAUUGUUAUGGACCAUAUUAUAACCCUCCACUCAAUGAAUUCCUGUAAGCUAAAGAAUUUAUUUGAAGAUUCUUUUUGUGUUAAAGGUUACUUUUAGUGAAGUUGAUUGAAAUUAAAGGCGUGGUGUCACAGAAAGUUUUGGAUUCAUUGAAGAAUUGAAAUGUGCUGAGGUUAUAGCCUCUUUUAAAGCCCUACUGCACAUGCAUGAAAUUUGAUAGAAUUUGUCGGCAUAUGCACAAAUAUAGUAGCAGUUUCACCCAAAGAUUUGUGGAGUUUUUCUUGCCUGAAAAUACUCCUGUCAUUGUCUCCUUCCUCAGCACACCACCCAAACUUUUAGAAGAAGAAGAAGAAGAGAGUAUUUGUUGACCCUUAACACCACCAAAUUGAGUAGUAAGUGGCUUGGAUCACUGUCGAAAUUAGGCUACUUUUAUCUCACUCGUUUUGUCCAAAAUGUUCAUGAGCAUGUAAGUUAAAAAGUCUAUAAUACUAAUGAAAACGCAGUUCCCCAUCA